UGAGAGAUAAUGUCGCAACUGGACCCCUAUCAAUUUUGACUUUGUGGCUGUGCUAACUAGUGGAAACCAGCAGAUCACCGCAAACAGCAUUGAGCCCGGUGUAGAGGUCGAGAAAACCCUUGCUAACGCAUACGCUGUUUUGUACGUCAAAACUGGAAACGGAAAAAAUAAACUGCACGUGACUUCCAGACAGACACAUUUUGUCGGGUUCGAACGCUGUUUCGAUUCACCACGAUUUUACCGUUUGCUGACGACCUGUAUUUACAAUCAAAUUACUGGAUUUUAUUAGCAGAUUAGCUAGCUACGUCCACUGAUUUUGUGCAAAAGCGACUGUUUACAAGAUUGCAAGCUAGCGACCGACAUAGCUAGCCAGGUAAGCUUGUCAGAGUUAGUAAGCCAGAUGCCGAGUCGAGUUAGCAACUUGAAGCGGCGAAAGGGGAUGUGCACUGUUGCCUCAAGCGACUUCCAUCUCGAGGAGAGCAGUUCAGAUAAGAGUUCAGGGAACAGGAGGGAUGUUAAAAAAAUGAAAAUUGAAGACUCAAAAACAGAAAUGCCCCAGAAUGACUGGAUGGUUGACGGUUGUAGGGAGUCAACAACCAUUUCAGAGAGGCUCAGCUGUGAUGGUUGCGAGAGGCCUGAAAAUACAAGUUGUGGAGCACCACCAGACCUGGAGGAAUUGUGGGAGGGUAAAGAGAACGGUGUGAGAUUUGAGUUGAAUUACUGCCGAACAAACGGGUUGCCAGAGAAGAUGGAGGAUGACGAAACAGAAGAGGGUGUUGUGAUUGACAAGAGUGUCUUCCUUGAUGAUGACAGUAACCAGGUUCUUCCUGUGGAAAAGUUCUUCGGAAACAUGGAAGUUGUGCAGGAUUGUCCACAGAGAUCUACUACGGCCAAUUCGACUUUCAGCAGGAGGGAGCACAGGAGACGACAGUACUAUGCCAAAGAGGACAGUGAUGAAGAAGAGGGCUACACAGACAUGCAGCAAGAUCAAAUAGUUGACACUUAGUUUACAGAAAUAACCAAUUCCUAUCAAUGGGAUGGAUUAAAACUUGGCCUUAAACGACCUUAACAAGCCUAAUGUCACAGUUGAGCCUGGUAAAGUGGAUUCGUUCAACAGAACCAGGGUAUCAAGUUAUUAUUUUGCCAGCAUGUACCCUAAAGUUAUACAUUUUGUAUUGAUAUUUAAAAAUAUAUUUGCACUAACAACUUAACGCUUUUCAAUUAUCAGGACCUAUACUGUAUAUAUUGUUUAAAUGGUACAGGUUAAGUGCUCAGAUUCUAUUUUUUUAAUUAUCUUUUACUAUAUUAUUACGGAAUGCCUUAUCAAUAUGUAUGCAUAAUAUUUGUAGUCAAAGUUGCACUGCCAAUACAAGGAAACUUAAUUUUGUAGUUUCAA